CUUCUGCGCGUUGUAGUUGUAAUUGAAGACAUUUCUCAUAAAAUUUUCGUCUUUUUUGUCUUUAAUUCUAUUUUUAAAGAUAAAAAGCCUCAGGACGAAAAAUAUCAUACGAGACAUCUCCGACCUUUCGAUGAGUUUUUUUUUUAAUUCCGGUAAAUUACUCAUGUAAUGGCAUUGCGCGCCAGGUGUUCGUUUUUUUUUAACUAGCUCCCUAAUGCUAACGUAAGCUAACCAGGAGCAUUGUUUGGAAAUUACCAAGUGGGAAUCGAUGUUCAAUCCUGAACACCAACUCGCCCUAACACACAGAAUCUGCCAGUAUGGCGGUGGCCUCGGCAUCCACCGCGGAUAUUAUCAUCGUGGAGGAGGAAGAAGAAGAUGUCCAUCGAUCGUCGCCUACCCGGGGUCACGCCGUGAGGACUUUGCCCCGCCGGGUGCAGUUGUCCACUUCAACCCACGUCACCAAGUCGCCUUUUGCUUCGACCAGCAAGAAUAAUAACAUUCUUGAGGCAGAGAAUAACAAGUUGUUCGCAGAGUUUGUGGCGCAUGUCACAUCCGUGACCCAAGACUGCCCGGAGGUAUUGGAAUUUCUGAAGACGAACCAUGCCAAAGCCUGCCCAAAAUACCUGUUGUCAGUGGAGUUCCGUAACAGCUUGGGCCGAUGUUUGACCCGUGUGGAGUCCAACCGUUCCAAGAUGUUUGUCUACAUCUAUGAACUGUGUAUGGUGCUUAGGCAGCAUAAAGACAGGACAAGGAGAAAGUUGAAGAAGCCGAGUACGCUUGAGUCUGGCUCCUCUACCUCAGUGUCGGGUUGUCUUCAGUCUACCUCGUUAAAUGGUAAAACCGAGAGUACUGUCGGUACCGACAAGCAGGAACAACUGGUAUUUCCGAAGACUGAAGACGAAAAGCCUUCCACAUCUAAACUUCAGGAAGAGCAGGAGAAAGCGGAGAAAAAGGCGAGCAGGGCCUCCAGGAAGCAGAUUGCGUACCUAGAGAACCUGCUAAAGGUCUACGCCGACGAGAUCAAUCGCCUGCAGCGUGCUGAGCUUUCAUUGGAUGACAUGGAUGCCGAGGACUCCUUGUACAUUCAGGAGCACAAGCUCAAGCGCAAGAUGAUGAUGAUUUACAAGAAGCUGUGCGAGUUAAAGGACUGCACCCCGCUGACGGGCCGAAUCCUGGAGCGCAAAAUCGCUUACGCCAACACCAGCUAUCCAGAGAUAGGCAAAAAGAUCCAACGCUACAUUAACAGCCCUGAAGUCUGUAUGAACCCGCCCGACUACCAGGACAUCCUCCAGCAGGUGCAGCAGGCCAGCAAGCGACACAACCUGCAUCUGAGCAGAAAGCAGCUAGAGCUUAUUGCCCGGAAGGCCUUCACAGACACCGGGACCAAAAUUCAGCAGAGGCGUUAUCAGGACCUGCUCUAUGACUUCGGCUGCCAACUUACCAGCGAAUACAAGCCUGAAAAUGACCCAGCACUGAAAAACCCCGCACUUCUCCGGAAGCUGAAAGACAACCAAGAACUAGGUGUUAACCGCUUGGAGGAUGUCAUCAACAAAUACGCCAACCAACAGGAGGACAUGGAUGAGAAGGACAGGCUGAAGCAGCAAGGAAAAGAGGAGGAGGAAGAAGAUGAGGAGGAGGAUGAUGACAUGUCCUCAGAGACGGACAUCGAGGAAGAGAUACAAGCUAGCAGCCUGCAGAAUGGACCAGAUGACAAUAAAGAAGAUGGCAAUGAGGAAGAUGUCAGUGAUGAAGGCAGCGACGAGGCAGAGGAAUUGAGCAACAGCGCCGUUGAAGAGCUGUCGUCGGAAAACAUCGGCAUUGUAGAGGCGGACAAUACGGCUGUCACGAGCGAACCCCCCACUGACGGCAACGUUUCAGACAUGGCGCCACUUUCGGAAGUCACGCAUGUCACGAAUGGUUCUGGCCAAUCAGAGCCCACGCAGCUCUGUAUGCCCUCACCCGACGAGGGUGCAAUUGCAUUGGAGGAGCCGCUCCACCCUGCCGAUCAGGUCACGACAAGCCAGAGCAGUGGCACGGACCCCCCAGAAUCUGGGAUGUUGGAGAUGAUCUGCCACUCACCCAUCACCAAUGGCACCUGUACACCUCAUCGGUCAAUGUCUGACAACAAAUUGAGCAGAAAAAACAAAAGGAAAAGGCUGGACUUUACACCAAAUCGGAAAAACAGUGAGGUGGAAGUGCUACUGGACAUGGGUGUCAUCUGUGUCUCCCCACCGCAGACUAAUGAAGAAUCUGACUUAGAGCUGGUCAGCAGCUCUCAUUCGCCGCCCGCCAAGAAGAACAAAGAGAGGCCGCUGUUAAAAAAACGGUUGAUUCAGCAUCUGGUGAGUUACAUUCACUCGUGCAAACCAGUCUUUUUGUCUCCGCAGGUAAAUGUUGCCACCCAGUGCGACCCCGAGGAAAUCAUCGAACUGUCUGACUCGGACUGAUCCAGAAUAAUCUCCACUUUGCUGUGAAAUCAAAUUCAACUCAGGACAUCUUGAUGCUAGUCUGUUUCAAUUUUUAUACUUUAAAAUGUUUGUGGUCCUUUGGUUUGACCUCAUCAUCACACAUCAGUGUGAGUACCAUGGCAAUUGUGGCAAAACGUUUAGAUGUUUUCCACCUCUGUAACUAAAACAAGAGACACUCAGGUAGCGUGAGCUUGUUUGCCCUGCAGACUUCGUGUGAAAGUACUUGGGACAACUUUAUUUUCAGAGUUUGAAUUUCAGCCUUUACUGGAAAACUAAAUAAAUCUUUCAUUUUAUUUACACAGUGGUACCUUGAGAUACGAAAGCUUUGGUCCACAAAUCAUUUUAUGAAAUGUUUUUUGGGACCUUUUUGCUUUUACUUUAUAUUUCAAAAAAUUACUCAGCAUACGAAAGAUAAAAUGUACUGUAAUAGAUAGAAUAACAAGCAAUGGUUGGCAAAGUUAGCUCGUCUUUUCCACUUUCGCUAAUGAGUUUGAGUAGUCAUAUGAAUGAGCUGGAACCUAAUAAACCGGUUACCGGCCACUAUGAGGGAGACAAAGCAUUACAAAAAAAGAGUGGCAAUCAGAUGUGAUGACAGCAGAUUUGAUGUGGUAUUUUUACUGUAUUGGAGCUCGGAACAAAUGAUGAUGAGGUUGCUUUUUUAUUUCGAGCAUGCACAAAAGAAACCAGAACACAUUAUAAUUCAAAAAAUUAUUAUUUAUUAUUAUUUUGUGGGAUACUCCUGUCCACACAAUGAAAGAGAGAGAAGACAAAAAACAAACCAACAGUCAACCAACUAGACCAGUGGUGUCCAAACUAUUCCACAUAGGGCCGCAGUGGGUGCCGGAUUUCAUUCCUACAAAACAAGACAUCUUUUCACCAAUCUGGUGUCUCACCAGUAUAAUCAGUUGACUGCAGUCAGGUGCUGCUUGUUUUAGCACAAACUUCAUUGGUUAAACUGUCUGUGCUCGAUUGGUAGGAACAAAAACCUGGACCCACAGCGGCCCUUGAGGACAGGUUUGAACACCCAUGAACUAGACCAAACAAAUUGAGUUAGCUCAUUAACAGUAUUUUUCAUUAUGUACAUCAAUUGACAAGAACAGCAACACGCAUUGUCAGCAAAUGCCAUUAUACUGUGGCCAGACCAUAUUUUUAUACAACAAUUUAAAGUGUUGGAUAUUUUGACAAUGCUUGAAGUGAUUGUCUACAAAGUUUAACUCCACAUAAACGCACAAAAACAUUUGCGAGUUGUUCGAAAUCUGGGUAACACAAAAUCUGCAGAACCUCGCACACUAUGCGUAGUUUCCCGAACCUCAAAAAGGUUUUGUAUAUUACAUGGAAGUAAUUUAUUAUGCAUCUAUAAUGUUAUUUAAAGCAUAUAACAGUUGACAAGAUCUUAUAUUUUUAAUAGUUUUGAGUGAGCAAAUAGAUAAUGGGUGUGAUCAAGAAAACGAACCUUAUGUAUGAUCUGUACCGCUCGUUUCUGCAAUUUGACUAAUGGAAUUAAUGGUCGAUUUAUAACUGUUUGCCCACACUUCAAUACAAUAUGUAAAAUAUAGGAGCACCAGAGAACAGUAUAAAGUGCAGAGUGCACUACUAUCAAGGCAGGAUUUCACUUUAUUUAUUAGUGAAAAGAUUUUGGAGAUUUUGGUUUUGAUGUGUCUGAUGUGGGCUUUCCAUAUUUUACCAUCUAUGAUAACUCCUAAAAAAAUUAUUUUAUUCACAUUCACCGAUUGGGACACCAUCUAUCAUCUGUAAUUCUGAGUUAUAUUUAAGGUUACUAAACAUCAUUACUUUUGUUUUAAGUUAAAUGAUAAUUUAUUAUCAUCCAUAAACUUAUUUAUUUACUUAAUUCCUCGUUUACAGCAUAAACUUACUAUUUCUUCACUCAAUUCCUCGUUUACAGUAUUUACCAGUUCAUUAUGAUUUUCACUACUAUAGAAUGUUCGUGUCAUCUGCAAAAAGUAUAAAUUUCAAAAACUGAUAUACGUUAUACGUAUAUAUUAUAUAUAUCAUUAUAAAUAUUAGAUAAUUUUGAUCCCGAAAAAUACCCCUGAGGGACUCCAUGAGAGAUACCUGUGAGAUUCUUGUUAGAUAACUUCUCAGCCACUCCCCAGCAAUCCCCUGAUUCUGUACAGAUGUAGUUUGUUGAGUAAAAUUGGGCUUUCAUGUAAAACGCGAUUUAUUGUCCGGAAAAAAAAAAAACCUCAAUGCGAAAGCCACCCCGGAACGAAGGAAUUUCGUGUCUUGAGGUACCACUGGUAUAAUGUUUGUUUUUUUCUUCUUUUUUGUUAAAAUUUAAUUUUCUUGGAGUAGUGUAAUACUGUUUUGGAAAUUCCAGGAGUCUGUCUCUUUACUGCAAACUCUUCAGAAAAAUAAAAUGUUUACUUUUUUUUGCUUUUGACUUCAUUAUUAUUACGGAUGACGUUUCGGCGUGGAUGGGCACUUAUGAACCCCCUCCAGUCUUUAAUAUGACCCAUUUUCUCAUUUCUCAAAUGAUUGCUUCCAGCCCCUCCCACUUGAAAUGGAUUAACGUCUAUUGCUGUCAAUUUGUGUUUUAAAUACCAA